CUGCCACGAGAGAGGAAAUGUCCAAAGCCCGUCUUCCACUUGCCUAUCGGGAUAGCUGUGCCCACCUUUUGAUUCCACUCAAUCGUUGCCGGAGAGAUGAGUUCUAUCUACCGUGGAAGUGUGAGGACGAGAGACAUUCAUACGAGAAAUGUCAGUACGAUGAGUUUAAAGAGCGUGUGGCAAAGAUGGACGAAUUACGGGCUUCGCGGAAUGGCACGAGGAGCAAUUGAGGCCACAGACGCAACAUACAACAAAGGCAGCGGACCCGUAUGCGAAGAAUUGUAAAACCUAUACCAGCAGCGGCCGCUUACAAAACCUCCUUUCAUAAGAACACAUACCCACUACUCUCAUAUUGGUCUGCAUGUUCACAUAAGUUUUUGAAGUUAUCAAUACGCAUCAAGGACUUACAAGUCCGCUGUACUGUCAAGAUUUAUCAACAGCUAAUAGCCAUCGUAAAGAUAUGUACUUGACGCUGAUGAGGAACUUAUCGGACCACUUCAAAUAAUAGCGUACUUCUCAGACCUUGUAUGCACAACCGAAUUUGUUCUGUG